UCCGUAUGGUCAUGAAAUUCAAAUUCAAAUAUUAUGUUCAUCGUAAAUUUUCAGAAGUAAAUAAUUAAAGAAUGGCUACAAAUGAUGCAGAAUUUCGUAUGUCAAGACGGGUUCAUAUACUUGUGAUGUUGUGUCAAACUAUCGGAACUGCUUGUACGAUAAGUAUACCAACGGGUGCCCUAGCUUCUGGUACAACAGGAAAUAUAUUGUGCGCUGUCAUAUUAUUUAUUGUAAUCGGAAUACCGUUGCUGUACAUGGAAUCCAUCGUCAGCCAAUUCACAGCUAGAGACUGUAUCUCAGUGUGGACGAUCCGAAAAUGUCUCUCCCACAUUGGUUACGUGCAAGUGAUUUGGCAAAUUUUGUUUAUCAUCUACAAUCACAACGCUGUCUCCUUCUUAUUGCAUUACUUCUUAAUCAGCUUCGAGAAACCAAUACCUUAUUUCUUAUGCGGAUCCUGGUCCGAUCAGGACUGUGACAUAUUACUUACCAACUACACCGUCAACGAAGAUUGUAUAAAGCGGAAAUUCAGCUCAAGCUAUUGUGAUCAACUGCAUACUACAUAUCCCGAAUACCAGUAUUGGAGAUUUUAUAUAUUAGAAGUGGAUAAUACUAGAAACUUUUUCAUAGUGUGGCGUGUAUGCCUCGCAUCUGGAUUUGUUUGUGCUAUGACAUUUUUAAGUUGCUUCAAGCGAAUGGAAUCUAUAAAAUGUUUUGUUCAUUUCUUUGUUAUUUAUCCUAUCUUCGCUUAUAUAUUACUUCUUACUGGUUCGAUGCUUCAAAAGGGAAUAGUCGUUGAGUACGAAGAUGUUUUGGACCUCGACUUUAACAAUUUUAGUAAAAAAUUUCGUCUGUCAAAUAUGAUUCAGCAAGUUAUCUUUACUUUAACCAUCGGCUCUGGAAUAACAUUUAACUUCGCAUCUGGUGUCAGCUUUCGAUCGCCCUGCUACUCUAAUGUUGUAAUUUGUGUAGCAAUCACUAUAGGUUUUAUUGUUCUUACAGUUUGUACGACAGCCAUGAUGUAUUGUCCGUAUGCUUAUCAUUACAGAAUGAAACCGGAAUUUUUAAUUAGAGCACCAAUGACAUUAUUAUUUGAGAAGAUUCCACGACUCAUUCGCUAUUACCGGAAUAGUUCUCUAUGGUUACCACUUAUCUAUAGUGCCAAUGCUAUUAUAGGUCUUAAUACAAAUGUAAUCGCUUUCUUUAACUUACUAGAAAUGGUGAGAAGAAGAAAUUCUAAAGUUGCUAAAUAUCCUGGAUUAAUUUGUUUGACCUGUAUCGUUAUAUUAUUUCUAAUAACUAUCCCGCUACAAUCGAAAUAUGGUAUUAAUUUAUUUUUAUCACUUUGUAGAACUUAUUUGAAUCUUCUUUCUACAUUUAUAGCAGCUAUAGAGUGUUUCGUUUUUGUAUUAAUGUACGGAAUGCAUCGAUUCGGAGAGGAUGUACAUUUUAUGUUAGGUGUUCAGCCAUCGAUUUUUAUGAAAAUAGGUUGGGUUGCCACAAGUAUUAUACUUUUGUAUGCAUUUUGCAAUGAAAUACAUUAUCGUUGGGAUAGUAAUAAUAUAGUGGACGUUACCGGACGUUACUUACUAUUAGUGGCGAUUGGUUACAUCUUGUUUGGUAUACUUUUGAAACUAUUAAUUGCUGUUUUAAGAAAAGAUAUUUGGUCUGUGAUAAGAAUCGAUCCUAGUUGGGGUCCAGCGAGUGAGAUUCUUCAACGCAGCCGAGGCAUGUUUACAGCCCAAGCCAUGACCAAAGAAUACAUGUAUCGUCAGUAUCACCUUCAAGCUGGCAUAAUAGCAAGGCAAAGAAAAGCGAAUGUUCGAGACACUUCGAUUUAUGACAAUAAUUUUAUUUUUGAUUAAAUCAAUAAAUAAUUCUUUU